UACACGGCGGUGGGUCGGAGCCGCUGUGUCCCCGGUCUGGCACGUUCCUAGCCAAAUUCUCCACGGUGUAAAUUCGGAACCCCCCCCGUGUUUUCCCCCACAAAACCAAAAGCACCCCCCCUCUGUAAAUCACCUGUAAGCCACUCGCAGCUUCGCUCUCAGCGCACAUCGCCGGCUCUACAGCAGAAACCUCAGAAGAUGGCGGUGGUAAGCGGGAUGUCGGGGUCGGCUGUAGCCCGGCUCGAGGGCCGAGAAUUCGAGUACCUGAUGAAGAAAAGGUCGGUGACCAUCGGCCGGAACUCGUCGCAGGGCUCCGUGGACGUCAGCAUGGGACACUCCAGCUUCAUCUCGCGGCGGCACCUCGAGAUAUUCACGGCGGGAGAGGACGGCACCGGCACCGGGGAAUUCUACCUCCGCUGCCUGGGGAAAAACGGGGUGUUCGUUGACGGGGUGUUCCAGAGGAGAGGGGCUCCACCUCUACAGCUCCCGCGAAUGUGUUGUUUCCGUUUCCCAAGCACAACCAUAAAGAUCACGUUCACAGCCCUGUCCAGUGAUAAGAAGGAGCCAAGGAACGUGCCGGAAUCACCGGUCAAGCCCAUCCAACCACAAAUUUCCCCGCUGACCAUAAACAUUCCUGACAACAUCGCCCACCUAAUGAGCCCACUGCCUUCACCUACUGGUACCCUCAGUGCAGCAAACUCCUGUCCGUCAAGUCCACGGGGGGCGGGGCUUUCGAGCUACAGGACAGGCCGCGUUCUGGCCGCUGACCUUAUAGGAGACAACUCUCAAUCAGAAAACGACAAGGAGGCCUCAGGUGAAGACAGCCCAAAGGACGACUCCAAACCUCCAUAUUCGUACGCACAACUAAUAGUUCAAGCUAUCACCAUGGCCCCAGAUAAACAGCUAACACUAAAUGGAAUAUACACCCACAUCACCAAGAACUAUCCGUACUACAGAACAGCUGAUAAAGGCUGGCAGAACUCGAUUCGUCACAACCUGUCCUUGAACCGGUACUUCAUCAAAGUGGCCCGCUCUCAGGAGGAGCCAGGCAAAGGCUCGUUCUGGAGGAUCGACCCCUCCUCCGAGGGCAAGCUGAUAGAACAAGCCUUCAGGAAGCGCAGGCCUAGGGGUGUGCCUUGCUUCAGGACCCCUAUGGGCCCUCUUUCCUCCAGGAGCGCUCCAGCCUCUCCAAACCACACAGGAGCACUGUCUGCCCACUCCAGUGGGGUCCAGACCCCAGACAGCCUGUCCAGAGAGGGGUCCCCAGUCCCCAUGGAGCCAGAGACGACCCCUCCACCAGUCCCCACCCAAACCACCACAGUCCAGCCCAAACUCGCUGUCAUCCAAGAGGCGCGCUUUGCACAGAACUCCACUGGCUCCCCACUGAAUAACCAGCCAGUAUUGAUCGCCGUGCAGCGCCAGAUGCCUCAAACGACCAUGAAGCCUGUGACCUACACCAUGGCAUCGCCAGCCAUCGUAACGACGCCGGUGAACUCCGCAUCCGUCAUGCAGACGGUGCACGUUGUCCACCAGAUUCCCACGGUCACCAUGACAACUCUUGCCGCACAGUCUGCUGCCAAAGUGAACUCAGAACCUCAGCAGAAUGGAGGGGGGGCGCACCAAGAGAUCAAAGUGAAAGUGGAGCAGGUGCCGUCCAUCACAGGCUCAUCUCUAGGGGGAGUCAGUCGUAUCAUCCAGAGCUCUCAGGCUGCUCCCCUGACAACAGUUACCAUUGUGCAACAAGCCCCGCUCGGCCAGCACCAGCUCCCAGUAAAGGCCAUCACACAAAACGGGACUCAUCUGGUCCCCAUCACUACUGCUGCUAGCACAGCUGUUGCAAACCCUCUCCACUUGCUGGCGACCCACGCCUCGGCCUCCGCGUCCCUCCCCACCAAGAGGCAGAACGGAAAUCUGCAGGACCAGGCUGCAUCGAAGCGACUGAAAACGGAGGAGGGAGAGAAGGGAGACGCAGCAACCGCCAACAACAACGGCACCACGGACAGAGCCGGAGUAGCAGGGGUCUGUGAACAGGUCGGCGACAAGUAGCCUCUCCCCGAUCUACUUCCUGACCCCCCCCGCUCUCCUGUACACAUUGAGCCUCACACCUUCCAUACCCUCGCCCCCUCCAUCCUACCUGGUUAUCAUCUACUUCAAGGUGCCAAAAAGAGAAGAGACGUGGAAAAGCAAACGGGACUAACAAGAAUGUGCGAAACCUCUCUCCCCGUUGACCCCCCUCCCCUCCUCCUCUUCCAUAUAUUUAAGACCACCAAAUACGAUGCAAAGACUACAGACCAAAUUGAAAGUGGAAGUGGAGACGAGUUGCUGAUGACUGUGAAGCCCGGAAGUUUGCGACCCAGAUGGCAGGAAGAAACACAGGUUUGAAAAAUCCAGAUCGCUAGAUGAAAAGAAAACAAAAGAAGAGAAAAAAAAAAGACUUAUUGGACAAGCGAGGAGUCCUUGACCCUCGCCAAAGACAGGGAGGAGCCUGGUCCUGGUAGCAUUAAAGACAAGUGCUUAGCUGUGUGUCGGAUUAGAGAAGUCAAACCAAGUGAAAUCACCAGUAGUGUAUUCUGAUAAGGGAAGUGUGUGUACGUUUGUGUGUACGUUCGUGUGGACAUUCCCAUCUCUGGCAGCUAGCCUCCACGUCAACCUACCUAACCCAGUUGUGAGUAGAUAUGCAGUAUUCCGUUGUACAAGUGUAUCUGUGGAUCUUUGAGUGUUUCUCCGUUUCCCAAGGCACAGAUACUAUUUAGUAAUAAUUAAGAUAACUAAAAAGCUAUAAAUGGGGUCUUUAAGAACAUUUAAACAUCGAAACAUAAUAUUUUGGGAAUCCUAAUUUGUUUUGUUUUUGUAUGUGGACUCUUUGUUCAGUGAAAUGAAUGUAGUCUCUUUUCUUUUUUUUUCUUUUAAAGAAAACUAUCUAUGGAGUGGAUGUUCUUUUUUCUCUGCUCAUUCAUGCAAAACGAAAUUUCUUUAUCACUGUACCAUCUGCAGAUUUUUUCACAUUUUACAAAUAUCCUACAAGAUUAAAAAAAAGUAUAUUCCCAUGCGUAUUUGACCAUAUCCUUCAUCGAGCUUGCAUGUUACGGAUCUAGAGACAAUGUACUUGAGCAGAUUUAACUGAAUAUGGAACUGAAGAAAAUUUAGACUGAAUCUACGCUAUAUGAUUCUGACCAGUGCUGCACUUAACCCUCUUAGUUCUUUGUUAUUUUUUAUUUUUUAGUAUUUUAAUUUGCUCUCAGUAUUCCCCCCCCCCCGGUCAUCAUUGGUUGUUUUGUUACCUUUGUGUUGAAGUUGGACGUCUCUUUGCUCGAUUAUUUUUAUUCUGUUCAGGCUACAAAAAAUUAAGUCUAUUCAGAUUGUAUUCUAUGUUACAUGAGGAAAAACAAGUGAUGGGUGUUUGUUCUGCUUCAGUUGGUAAAUGCUUCCUUUUUUCUUUUCUUUUUAUAUAUAAAUUUAUUUAAAACACAUAA